UUUAGAAAGAUUAUAAAAAGUGACCGCAGCACGUCUGCACAUUAGACUGUGUGGUAAUCGUUGAUUGUUUAUAUUGCUGACAUAGUUUUUAAAAUGUCGGAUGUCGAGAUAUACUCCUCGGACUCGCAGCUUAGUUCUGAUGAGUAUAGUAAUGAUGAAGACGACGCUUUAAUGAAUGCAGCAAUCACUAAGCAAAGCGAAUCGAAGCCAUCUACGUCCAACUACACCUCCCCGUCGAAAUCGAGUAGCACCGGCGCAUCCCAAGCGAGUACGCCACAAAAGCCGCUCCCACCCAUAACGCGCGAACAGACCGAACGUCAGAUCAAGUAUCUACAACAAAGCAGUCGGGCACAUCUCUACUACAAACGUCGCAGCUUGAAAUGGAUAAACCAACUGCGGAAAUGCAAAGAUGGUUACAUAGUAAAGUUGAAGAUUACUGUUCCUGCCAAACGGGAGCGUGCCGAGCGCUUGGCAAGGUAUCGGAAGGCCAGACAAGAUAUCGAAAUGGAGUUGCAUAUACGACAACGCGAGCGAGAACGCUCACAGAGCCGUAGUCGGUCGCCGGAGCUCAUAUGCCUGGACGACACCGAGAACGAAGAAUCGCCGGAGAAGACAAAUGAAGCAAUUAGGCCACACAAAAAAGUGUCGCCACCUAAAGAGCUCGCUGCAGAUGAUGAAGUAGCUCAAGAAAAAGAAAGGACGGAGUGCGCAACAAAUGGCUCAGUAUUAAACGAAUUCCUAACUAUGAAACCUCCCAUAGAGGAGCCCAAUAUGGAGCCUAAGGCGCCUGCAGCUAUCGAACUAGUUUAUGAUGACUUGGAAUUGAAAACCAGUGAUGUUGGCGUAGAUCUUAAAAUAGUGAGCGCCAUGAACGUUACCAUGCAAGAUUCAUUUAAUAAUGUAGAAACUGUGGAUGAAGACAAUGAGGCGACACCCCCUCGCACACCGACUCGAACUCGAUCACCACCAACGCAGCAGGCACCGGGAGCCGCAGCGCAUAUAGAUACAACAAUAGCAGAGCUGCAGUCAACAAGUAAGCGUAAACGAUCUGAAACACCACCAUCGCCAGCACAGCUGAAUGAAAAGCGAUCCAAGCAAGCUCUUCCUGACGUAAAUGAGGACAUCGCUAUAACGCCAAAUAAAAUGCUAGCUGCCAAGCAGUCAGCUAUACUAACACCACAAAUGCAACAACAACAUCAAAUUCUUGAGAAGCUAGCACAGGCACUAACACCCACAGUAACUGGAGCAACGCCACUAGCUACCACAACUGCAACAACACCAGCCAAAGUUGAGCCGUUAAACGACCCAGCAACGGCAUUCGUAUUGGGCUCACCAUUCUCAUUGACGCCAGUAAGCAACGAUUUUUAUACACUUCAAAAGCCAAAUCCACCGCAACGAACACAAGAAUCGGGGUAUAGUCUAGAGACGCCCACUCCAUACGACGAGCCCAUGGAAAUAGUCUAUCCGAAUGAAAAACCAGCAACUCCAGCCACUGUGGGUAACUUCGUUGAGUCAAACUAUGCCAAGAAACCAACACCAGUGGCUAUCGCCACCCAAUCAAGUGGUCCCUUGCCUGUGCAACCCCAAAUUACCAUCACAGCAGCAACACCCUUAAAUGUCCAGGCCCCGCAACAAGCAACUCAACUUCCGCAACAUCAGAAAUCGCGAAUCGAGCACAUUUCCAGACAAACACAAACGGCUCAAGCGACAAUGGCGCCACCGAAGACACGCGCCUUUACCACAAAAGCCGCAGCCGAUCUCAACAAUAGUGACGCAGUUUUCCACCAACGCAUCAAGGAUCUGUUUUCAGAAAUGGACGAGAUAAUGAAUAACAAAGUGCUCACCAUCAAGCCAGAGUUGAAGGCUUAUGGCGAUGAAAAGCAACGCAUUGAGGCCGAUAUCAAAACACUAGACAAUUUAAUCAGGCAGAAGGAAGAAGAGCAUAAUCGGCUGCUGCACUUAAGGGCUACAAAAGAGGAGCUUAUUGCACGUAUCGAACGUAAGGAGCGCAUUCUGGUAAUGAAAGAAAUUCUGCCACCUAUUUUGAACAAGAAUUGCAGCACUUCUGAGCUCUACGAGAUACAUUCACUAUUGGUUAAAGAGCAAAAUGCUCCCUUAGCUUCAAGAAGUGGAAUGUCCGCCCUGGAACAAUUUAUUAACAAGAUCGAACGUGGGCAGCAUGAUAUUAAGGCUUGGCGCAGCGUUUUGGGCCUCCUUGAAGCACCAGGUGCACCGGUGGCGCCAUCAUCACCACCACUAAAUGCACGUUACGACAACGACCGCAACAGACGAAACUCUUUGCCAACCAUGCGUGACACCCGCCUAAAUCUGCCACCGCCUCCACCACCGCCGCCCCCAGCUACUGAUACAGCAGCCACCGUUUUUGGACGCCAGGGUGCGGUCCGCGAUGUUCGCAGCUUAAUUGAAGACUAUAGGCGGGAGCACCCCAAUGAGGUGCCACUGGUGGGCAAGCGCGCCAAGCUACAGGCACCCGAGUCUAGAUUUCACCACCUCAUGAACGAAUCGAAACAGUUGACCAACUCAACACCGAAUCUCGUGAGUUCCGGUUCGGGAUCGUACAGCAAUCAAGCGCCACAGACAAUGGCUAUGCGUAGCCAUAGCGUAAUAGAAAAUCAUUUUGAUAAUGAGACCUCACUAAGGCCCUUAUAUAAUAGUAGUCCAUUGGUAUCUGGGUAUCGGGGAAACUAUCCCAAACGCAAUGAUCCUCGACUGCAUACCUAUAACGACGCACAUUCCAUGUAUGGCAAUAGUAAUUCGCAGCUGGAGACGGCACGUCAGCUAGUCCAAGAACUAGAAGGACGGGCCGCUACACUUACACAACAGGAGCGUGGGGGGAACAGCAACAGCAGCUACAACAAGAAACGUGCUGGGAUCACCACCAAUGGACCCGACGAGCUGGAACAUCAUUGUCAAAAAUGCAAACGCUUUGUGGCCACAUAUAUGUGUGCCGGAUGUCAGAAUCAAUGGUACUGCAGUCGCGAGUGUCAGGUUCGGGCCUGGGACGAAUCACACUGGGCGUCUUGUGGAAAUUAAAAUGAAUAGAAACUUGCAGCAAAUAAUAUUAAUAUAUUCAUAAAAAUUACCAUUUAUAAUUCAUUACAACUUAAGAUCGUGUCUCCAACAAUUGUCAGCUCACAUAAAGUUCCAGAAAUUUAGAUGCAUUGCAUUCAUAUUAUUUUUAUGCUACUUCUUCAUGAUAUAUAUGAUUACAGCCUACAAAUGCACUUUCAACAAUAAAUUAUAUAUUGAUACAAUAAAUUAAAUAUAAUUUUAAAAUUCA